GUUCAAGUCUGCAGAGGAAAUUACACCGUUGGCGAGGUCACAGAGUAGCCAAGGGACUCUGUUUCUCAGUCAGCACUGGGAAUGAAAGUGGAAAAGGGAAGCAGGGGGACGUCACAACCUCCAAAAUCAGGGUGCCCAGCACGCUGAGGUUCUGGUAAGGGGUCUCUUCCAGACUGCAGACUUGCUUCCCGCUGCCUUCACACAGUGGAAAGCUGCACAAAGCUCUUGGGGUCCCUUUUAUGAAGGCUCUGUCCUCAUGACCUAGUCACCUCCGAAGCACCAACGCCUUGGGGUGAGGAUUUCACAUGGGAGUUAGGGUGCACAUUCAGUUUAACACGGCAGGGACGGGACCAGUGCUCUGAGGGUGUCUGGGUAGCUGCUGGUUCAUCCAGAAGUUUACUGGGUAAUACUCAGAAAUUCCACAAAUCAUUAAGGUCAUUACCUUGUUAAGCUCCCGAUAUGGAAUCGCGGCUAGCAGUGACCAAUUGGCGGUGUUAGCUAGGCACAUCUUGUGUGUUUUCUUCUUUUUUUAUGAGAUAGGGUCUCGCUCACUCGUUCAGGUUAGAGUGCAGUGGCGCGAUGUCCUGGGCUCGAGAUCCUCCCGCCUCAGCCUCAAAGCGUUGGGGCUACAGGCGCGCGUACGCCCGGCUCAUUUUAACAUUAUUAUUAAUUAUUUUUGAGACAGUCUUGCUUUGUCGCCCAGGCUGGAGUGCAGUGGCGCGAUCUCGGCUCACUGCAACCUCUGCCUCCCGGCUCAAGUGAUUCUCCUGUCUCAGCCUCCUGAGUAGCUGGGAUUACAGGUGUGCACCACCACACCCGGCUAUAUUUUAGUAGAGACGGGAUUUCACCAUGUUGGACAGGCUAGUCUCGAACUCCCGACCUCAAGCCAUCCGCCCGCCUCGGCCUCCCAAAUUGCUGGGAUUACAGGCGAGAGCCACCCCACCCGGCCCCGUUUUAACCAUUUUUUUUUUUUUUUUUUUGAGACGGAGUCUCGCUCUGUCGCCCAGGCUGGAGUGCAGUGGCGCAAUCACGGCUCACUGCAAGCUCCGCCUCCCGGGUUCACGCCAUUCUCCUGCCUCAGCCUCUCCGAGUAGCUGGGACUACAGGCGCCCGCCACCACGCCCGGCUAAUUUUUUGUAUUUUUUAGUAGAGACGGGGUUUCACCAUGGUCUCGAUCUCCUGACCUCGUGAUCCGCCCGCCUCGGCCUCCCAAAGUGCUGGGAUUACAAGCGUGAGCCACCGCGCCCGGCCCGUUUUAACCAUUUUUAAACGUCCAGCUCAGAAGCGUUCCCGCGCCGGGCCGGGUAGGCGCAGUGCGCAGGCGCCCAAAGGCGACGUGAAGGUGAUGCGCGGGAGCACAGAUCCGGGGCAGUGCGCUGCGCAGACGCGCGCGAAGCCGAGUGGGCGCUGGAGUGACGUCACGGCGCGCGACGCGGAGGCGGGGUCGGGCCUGGGUCUGACGGUAGUGGGUAGCGGGGCCCGGGUUGCGGGUUGCAGGUUGCAGGCCGCAGGCCCUAGGCAACUGCCUUCCCGGCGCCAUGUUCGGCUCCAGUCGCGGAGGCGUGCGCGGCGGGCAGGACCAGUUCAACUGGGAAGACGUGAAGACUGACAAGCAGCGAGAGAACUACCUGGGCAACUCGCUGAUGGCGCCCGUAGGCCGCUGGCAGAAGGGCCGCGACCUCACCUGGUACGCCAAGGGCCGGGCGCCGUGCGCGGGCCCGAGCCGCGAGGAGGAACUGGCAGCCGUGCGGGAGGCGGAGCGCGAGGCGCUGCUGGCCGCCCUUGGCUACAAGAACGUGAAGAAGCAGCCCACGGGCCUGAGCAAGGAGGACUUCGCGGAAGUCUGCAAGCGGGAAGGAGGCGACCCCGAGGAGAAGGGCGUGGACCGGCUGCUGGGGCUGGGGAGCGCCAGUGGCUCCGUGGGCCGCGUGGCGAUGUCCCGAGAGGACAAGGAGGCCGCCAAACUGGGGCUGUCUGUGUUCACGCAUCACCGCGUAGAGAGCGGCGGGUCCGGGACCUCGGCAGCCUCGGCCAGGAGGAAGCCGCGAGCGGAGGAUCAGACGGAAAGCAGUUGUGAGAGCCACAGGAAAAGCAAGAAGGAGAAGAAGAAAAAGAAAAAGAAGAAACACAAGAAAGAGAAGAAGAGGAAAGACAAAGAGCACAGGAGGCCAGCUGAGGCCACCUGCUCUCCCACAUCUCCCGAGAGGCCCAGGCACCACCACGACUCCGACUCCAACUCCCCCUGCUGUAAGAGGAGGAAGCGGGGACACAGUGGGGACAGGAGAAGCCCGUCUCGCAGGUGGCAUGACAGAGGCUCUGAGGCCUGAUGGCUGGACCCUGCUCACUGCUAUUGUGGGACCCUGAACUCUCCCUUCACCUUGCUUGCCUCCUGCCUCGGAAGCUCCUCGGGUGUGGGUGAAGCCUGAGGCUGCUCCUGUGGAAGUGGCUCUGGGCACCAGCCUGUGGGGCUAAAGACUUGACAGCUAGCUCUGGAGCAGCCAGCUUCCUGGAAAACCUUCAGGUUUCGCAUAGCAGGGAUGGCCCCUGGCUUGCCCUACGAAGGUGAACCUGCCCAGACGUACCAGUAGAGGCUGGACUCCCUCUGUGUCCUGCCCAUGGCUGUAGCAGCCAUGGGCCUAUGAGCGGUCUAACUGUGGCCAAGUAUGGUGGCCUCUAUUUUUCUUUAUAUUGACUCUUUGUAUUUCAAUAAAUAUAUUUUAAAAGGAA